GUUCCCUUUCACCUUAAAAGAUGGAAUCUCAUCUCUCCCACGACCAGAAACCAAAACUCCCAUCACCGCCAAAUUCCUUCAUCGCCCCCCAGUCUUUCUCUUGGGAAGAGCUUCUCUUUAGCCACAACUCACUCCCGUUCAACCUUAACGACUCUCAAGAUAGACUUCUAUUGGAAGUCAUAGCACAAGGAACCGUGAAAGAAUCGUGCGAAUCCGAGUCCGCAUCCUCGACUGGAGUCGGUGAGGAGGAGGUCACUUCAAGCCUUGCGAUGGAGAAGCUCAAGUCGAAGAGGAAGACCUACCGAGGUGUGAGAAGGCGGCCGUGGGGGAAAUAUGCUGCCGAGAUCCGAGACUCAACACGGAAUGGGAACCGGGUCUGGCUCGGGACAUUCGACACAGCGGAGGCCGCUGCUCUGGCCUACGACCAAGCCGCAUUCACGCUGCGGGGGUCCUUGGCCGUGCUUAAUUUCCCGCUAGAAAAGGUUAGGGAUUCGCUUAAGGGAAUGGAGUAUACUUGUGUGGGUGGCUGCUCUCCUGUGGAGGCACUAAAGAGGAGGCAUUCUAUGAGGAAGAGGCUGUUGGUCAAAAAAGAUCAAGAGAAAGAUGAGGAAACGAGGAAGCAGAAUUUGGUGGUGCUAGAGGAUCUAGGGCCUGAAUAUCUGGAGCAGCUAUUAAGUUCUUCCAAAAGCAGUGACACCAUUUGGUGAAUAGAGGAAAUGCUUUGUCACCAAUUGUUGAGAAAAGUGGAGGAAGGUCUUAAACUACAUGUAUGAAUCAUAGUUAGGUCCGUGAUCAUUCAAAUGUCGAAAUCAAGUCAUAAAUCUUUUGAUGAAAAUGCAUUAGUUAGUUGUUCUAACAGUCAACUUGUUCUAGUUGUUCCUAUGGUCAGCUUGACCUGCAAUAUCACCUGUGUGGC